AUGCUCCAAUGCCGCACUCUCCCACGCCUGACUGCCCCACUGCCCGUGCACGAGGCAGCGAGCUCACAGCAGAGGGUGGCAGAGAGCAGCAGAGGGCGGCAGAGGGCAGCAGAGGCUGACCUGCACUGGCAUGCAGUGGCGUGUGGUGUGACGCCACUCAAGGCACGCCCCUGCUCGUCCUCUCCACUCUCCCCGCGCUCCCCGUCACCACAUAACACCCGUAAAGCGUCACGCACCUGCCACUCACACCCACAGCGUCACCAUCGCUCAUCCACUGUCGAGACAAGCUGGGUGGGACAGCAGUUGGGGAGCGUUCCAUUUUUUCCUCCCUCCCUUCACUCUCUCGUGUUCCCUCCCUUCGCUCCUCUACCAUCCCCUUGCCUCCUCUUCCCUCCCCUUCCCUCGUCUUCCCUCCCUUUCCCUCCCCUUUUCUCCCCUCCGCUCCUCUUCCCUCCCCUUCCCUCCUCUUCCCUCCCCUUCUCUCCACUUCUCUUCCCUUCCCCUCUUCCCUCCUCUUCCCCUCUCCUCCCCCCGUUCCCCCCCUCCUCACCCGCCGCCAUCCCCCCUUUCGUCCCCUCUAGAGCAUUCCUCCCCUCUUUCAUAUCUCCCUCUCUCCUUGCGCAGGGGCUAGAGGAGGUGGAUAAGGCAGGGAGCACGAUCUUCGCUGCCCACCACAAGACCCUGCGGGAUUUCCCCCCCAACCCCGCCCUCUUUCCCCUCCUACCCUUGAUCUGCUGUCUCCCACUCACUCCAUGUGUGCACCUACCAGAUGCAGACGGCAGGGAGAAGAGCGUGCGGGUGGCUCUCCGGGGCAAGCACCUGCAGCAGGGCUGUCACUACAGGGAGCUUGCUGUCAUGCACAGGGGUCUUGCAUCUCUCCUCUUUGCCCUCUCCUGUCUUCCCCUGCCCCCAUCUCCGCUCCCCUCCUCUUCCCUGCCCUCCUCUUCCCUCACCUGCCCUCCCGUUCCCUCCACAUGCACCACUGCCGUUCUGCCAACAACGAGUUCUGCUGCAGAGGGAUGCCUUGUGUUGGAGUGA